GUCCAACGUUCACCGCUGUGAAGUCGACGUGCCUGGGUGUAGCGCCCAGCGAAUGCUUUGGACUGCUCGGUCAGAAUGGCGCCGGGAAGACGACGAUCUUCAAGAUGCUCACCGGAGACGUCAUCAUCACAGACGGAGACAUCUACGUGGAGAGCAAGAACAUCAAGUGGUAUUUGAAAUCUGUAAGCAGUGAAUUUAUUCAUAUCAAGAUUUUAUUAUUGCAACUAAUAUAGGAUUGAAACCCUAGUCGCGAAUUUUUCUCUCUCUCUCUCUCUCUCUCUCUCUCUCUCUCUCUCUCUCUCACUCUCGCCGUUAGACUCAAUGUAGUUUCAUUUAAAUACAAGAUGACAAUUAAUUGAGCUUUUUUUUUCCCGGCCUCUGUAGAAAUUUUGCAAUGUUCUUUAAUCCGUAGAUUCAGUCCAGAAUGGGCUACUGUCCUCAGUACGACGCACUCAAUGACCUUCUGACCGGCGCGGAGCUCCUCUUCUUCUACGGACGACUCAGGGGCGUGCCAGCAAAAGACCUGCCGGUGGUAGCAGCUCGGGUCGUGUCAUUUGUCGAUCUCCAUCCUUAUGAGACGGAGUUGAUCCAUGGAUACAGGUGGAUGAAAAGAAAUCAUUUAAAGUUGUAAAAUUAUUUAAACGGGGUUGGGGGUGGGGGGUAGUUGUGGCCUAUUCCAAGCCAAAUAUCUAUUGGUCAACCACCUUUUGAUUUACUUGUAAUUGCAAAUUAUUUUUUUUUACAAUGAAUGACGCUAGCAUAUUCUUUGAUGUAUAUCAAACCCAAUUUAAGCGGAAAUGAAUGUAACUUGCUGUAGCUGAAAACACACAUACCCAGGGGCGUCAUUUCGGGAGGGGGUAAAACUCACAUCUUAGUCGGCUUGUUAAGUUGUUUAUUAUUGGAGGCACUACCAUGCAUAGCAAUUUAAAUAAAACCUGAAAAUUCAACACACACAAAAAGUGUGUGGGGGGGGGGGCAAAUUAUUCCCCGCCGUACCCAAGUGAUGUCCCUCACACAUACAUCUGUGUUAAAGAUGAAAAUUACUAAAUCUAAUUUGAAGUCUUAAAAACACUGAUUUGUACGGAAAUCGAAUCAAUUAUUGUUACUAUUAUAAAUAAGAAAACAUUCUAGAUAAUAGUAAAAGAAUCAUUUUAAUUAUUUUAUCUGAAUGUGACAGUUAAGAAAUUGUAUAAAAGGACAGAGACAUGAUUUUAUUAACAAUCCUUGAUCAUCUGUGUAUUACUAUUUUUACACCUAUGUGCCACUAUUAUUAAUUACUAAGCUAAUUUUUUUUUUUUAAAUUGCGAACUUAAAUUUAAAUUUAUGUUAAUGGCUCAAAGAACUCGAAACAAUUCAAAAUUCAAAUUUUCUUUUUGGACUCAAUGAACCAAAAUUAUGAAUAAUCAUAUGAGAACGUAAUCAAAAUUGUUAAAUAUUGUUGUAACACGCAACACACAACCUAAGAUUUGUAUGGCUUUCAUUUUUAAAUGUGUACUUUUUCAUACCAAAAAAAAAAGUCAAUCAAUUUUAUUAAUUUAUAAAUGAAAAUUUGUUGAAUAUUACUUUAACAAAAAAUUUUUUUUUGUUUUUUAAAUACUGAUUAAGCACUAUAAAAAUGUUUCCAACCUUUUGUCAAACAAUCAGUACCACGUCUUAACAAUGAGUUGAGAAGCCUUGAACAUCACAAUCUAUCCAUUGAUGGAAACGUCAAACUUGCUGAACGUAAAAUGGAUUUUAUUAAUAUUUUUUUUCCAUACUCAGCGGCGGGACUAAGAGAAAGCUGUCGAUGGGCAUUUCUAUAAUCGGUAACCCAG